CGAGGGCAAUGGCUGUGGUUGCGGUUGAGGAGAUCUUUGUGCUGCUGGUGGCGGCUGGCAUCACCGUGUUGCUGUUUGGUGUCAUGCUCUCCAUCCGCCAGAAGGCCCGUGUCAACAGCCUUGAUCCACGCGGCGCCAUCGACCCACAGCUCCGCAAUGCAAUGCCCACUUGGAUGCAGCAAGCGGUGUCCCAGCAUUUGGAGGACUCGAUCCAAACGCGAAUCCUGGCGCGCCGCGUCAUCCGUGACAAAGACCUCUCCUCCGCACGGGAUGACCUGACCACUCUCAAGAACAUGGAACGCUCCUAACCAGACCAAGCAGAAGAAGCAAGUUGACCUCGUGACUGCUGUCAACGCCAACCACGUUCCAAGCAAGCAAGCAAAGAACCCUCACGCUUCAUUAUGGAUUCGUUUAAUGAAUGCCGGCAGAACUAAGCCAGAACACACGACAGCAACAGACACGGCACCAAGAGCAACAACAAGGGGGGGGGGGGUGGUGGUGCAGUUUGCCGCUAGCAACAUGCGCGCG